AUCCGUGCCCGUAUAUAUAUAUAUAUAUAUUUGGUUUCCGACUUGUCCACCAACCAAACACUCCAACAUUUCGCCCCCGCCGAUUCUCAAGCUUUCUUUCGUCAGCCUCUCCGUUUUCGCUCUGUAAUAUCUCCGCAGACCCGCAGUUUAGUUUCUUAAUGUAUGCAAGUUCUUGCUCACAUCUUUGAGCUCUCUGUUUAAGCCCCUCUUUCUCUCUGUGUAAUCGCAGAAUGGCUGAAACGCCCACAUCAGAUGAUGAUGGUUCAUUAGUUGUUUGCUUUGGAGAAAUGUUGAUUGACUUUGUGCCAACAGUCAGUGGAGUUUCACUUGCAGAAGCUCCUGACUUCAAGAAAGCUCCCGGUGGUGCUCCUGCAAAUGUUGCUGUUGGUGUAGCAAGAUUGGGAGGUUCUUCGGCCUUUAUUGGGAAGGUAGGUGAGGAUGAAUUUGGGCGCAUGUUGGCUGAUAUUUUGAAUCAGAACAAGGUCAACAUUUCUGGCAUGCGGUUUGACCGCAAUGCAAGGACAUCACUAGCAUUUGUUACACUUAGGGCUGAUGGUGAGCGGGAAUUCUUGUUUUUUCGCAAUCCUAGUGCUGACAUGCUUCUCCAUGAAUCAGAGCUUGAUGUAAAACUUAUAAAGGAGGCGAGGAUUUUCCACUACGGGUCAAUUAGUUUGAUUUCAGAACCAUGUAGGUCAGCUCAUCUAGCUGCUAUGGCUAUUGCUAAAGAGUCUGGUUGUGUCCUUUCUUACGAUCCAAAUUUGAGAGUGCAACUAUGGCCCUCAGCUGAUGCUGCUCUGGAGGGCAUAAUGAGCAUAUGGGACCAAGCAGAUGUAAUAAAGAUAAGUGAGGAUGAAAUAUCAUUCUUGACCAGGGGUGAUGACCCUAAUGAUGAUAACGUGGUGUUGGGGAAGCUUUUUCAUCCUAAUCUUAAGCUUUUGCUUGUGACUGAAGGAUCUGAGGGUUGCAGAUACUAUACUAAGCAAUUUAAGGGUCGAGUUCCUGGUGUUAAAGUUAAAGCUGUUGACACAACUGGCGCUGGUGAUGCAUUUGUUGGUGGGCUACUGAACCGUUUGGCUUCUAAUAUGAAUCUUUAUAAGGAUGAGAAGAGUUUAAGAGAAGCUCUCCUGUUUGCAAAUGCUUGCGGUGCCCUCACCGUGAAAGGGAAAGGCGCCAUCCCUGCCCUACCCACAAAGCCGGCGGUCCUCCAAUUCUUAGCUGAAGCCAAGUCAGUAUAGAAGAAGAAGACGAAGACGAAGACGAAAGCUCUGCAUAUGAUCUUGGACCUGUACCUGUUCUCUUAAGCUAGUGCAAUUUGGACUACCCCUCUGGGAAAAUAAUGACUUCCUCUUUACAUAUCACAUCUUGCUUUUGUGUUGGCCUUUUGUUUCAUUUUGAGCCAUAAAUUGCGGCAAGUCCCAUCGUUCUCCCGUAAUAAGUGUAUUUUUAUGGCACAAGACUUUAGUGUAAGAUUCUUUUUCGUACAUAGUGUUAUAUUUUCUUCCUUA